GCCAGCCCAGGUGCGCCAGGGGUUGGGCAGGAGCCCGGAAGGUGCGCUGUCCCGCCCCACCCCCUCCCUGCGCCUCCCGCGUGAAAGUGAAAGUUCCAGGGCCCCAAGAAGGUCAAGGAUUUGGGGGGCGGGGCUGGCGCGGACGUGGGAGCUGGCGCUGGGCACUGGAGGGGCCAUGGAUGGGCUCGGCCGCCGCCUCCGAGCCAGCCUGAGACUGAAACGCGGCCAGCGGGGACAAUCCCAGAACAAUCCUGGGGAAGCUGACACAGAACAUGAAAGGAUCCAGGAGCAUUCUCCAUCUAACUUUGCUGGAGGCCAGCACUUCUUUGAAUACCUUCUUGUUGUUUCUUUAAAGAAAAAGCGUUUAGGGGAUGACUAUGAGCCCACGAUCACUUACCAGUUUCCCAAGAGGGAGAACCUGCUCCGAGGUCAGCAGGAGGAGGAGGAGCGACUGCUCAGUGCCAUCCCUUUGUUCUGCUUCCCUGAUGGGAACGAGUGGGCACCACUCACGGAGUAUCCCAGGGAGACCUUCUCAUUCGUCCUGACCAAUGUGGAUGGGAGCAGGAAGAUUGGAUACUGCAGGCGUCUCCUGCCUGCAGGUCCUGGUCCUCGCCUUCCCAAAGUGUACUGCAUCAUCAGCUGUAUCGGCUGCUUCGGCUUGUUCUCCAAGAUACUAGAUGAAGUAGAGAAGAGGCAUCAGAUCUCCAUGGCUGUCAUCUACCCAUUCAUGCAAGGUCUCCGAGAGGCAGCCUUUCCUGCACCCGGGAAGACAGUCACCCUUAAGAGCUUCAUUCCUGACUCGGGCACAGAGUUCAUCUCACUGACACGGCCCCUAGACUCCCACCUUGAACAUGUGGACUUCAGCGUUCUGCUGAACUGUCUCCAUUUAGAGCAGAUUAUUCAGAUCUUUGCCUCUGCAGUGCUGGAAAGAAAAAUCAUCUUUUUGGCAGAGGGUCUCAGUACCCUGUCUCAGGGUAUCCAUGCUGCGGCUGCUCUGCUUUACCCAUUUAGUUGGGCACACACAUACAUCCCUGUGGUCCCUGAGAGCCUUCUGGCCACUGUCUGCUGCCCUACCCCCUUCAUGGUUGGGGUACAGAUGCGCUUCCUGCAAGAGGUUAUGGACAGUCCCAUGGAAGAGGUCCUGUUAGUGAAUCUUUGUGAAGGAACCUUCUUAUUGUCGGUUGGUGACGAGAAAGAUAUCCUACCACCAAAACUUCAGGAUGACAUCUUAGACUCUCUUGGUCAAGGGAUAAAUGAGUUAAAGACUUCAGAACAAAUCAAUGAGCAUGUUUCAGGCCCUUUUGUACAGUUCUUUGUCAAGACUGUGGGCCACUAUGCCUCCUAUAUAAAACGGGAGGCCAGUGGACAAGGUCAUUUCCAAGAACGAUCCUUCUGUAAGGCUGUUACCUCCAAGACCAAGCGCCGAUUUGUGAAGAAGUUUGUGAAGACACAACUUUUCUCCCUAUUCAUCCAGGAAGCAGAGAAGAGCAGGAACCCUCCUGCAGGCUACUUCCAAAAGAAAAUACUUGAAUACGAGGAACAGAAGAAACCGAAGAAAUCAAGAGAAAGACUGUGAAGUAAAAGCUGUGAUGAGCAGGAGUGUCUAGAGAUACAGCUAGAACCACAGGCCAAUCUGGACUUUGGCCCUUCUACUGGGACACAAUCAGUGAGGCCCUCGGCCCUGGAAUCCAAGGCCUUCUUCCAACUGAUAACAGUCUUACUUCAAAGUGGUGUCUGAAUCUGGGAGCCUUGGUGUCAGGGCUUCUCAGAACUUUGAAAGCUCACAUCCAAACUCAGCGAACUGUACUCAAAGCUGCAUUUUUGGCAGAAUGAACACAGUGGGAGAUAGUCGUCCAGGUGUACACCUGUUGUGGGUGCUUUAUUAGAAAUUGCUAGCACUGCUGUCUCCUAUGAACCUCUGUUAUAAAAUCCUCAAUACAGAACACUGGCCCAGUGACCCAUGUACAAAAUAGUAGUCUGACGUGAGGAUGAGAAUAAAGAUGGAAAACCUUGUUAUUUGUCAA